AGACGUCUAGUGUGAUAGUGAUAUAAGCCAAACAAAAUUAUGAGUGACUAGUAAGUUAUUGUCACGACUCAUGGCUUUAGAUAGAGCCGUGGUAUCGAACUAUCGAAUGCAGCGGAGUGCUGAUAGCAUGGGUUAUGGGUAUGAUAAUAAUUAUUAUAACCGUUAUGGCGUUAUCAGAUAAGUCAAUAAUACAUAAAAAAAUAAUUUAUUCUUAUUGUUUAGUGUGAUUGUGUUUGGUAGAUCGGUGUUCAGUAUUUCGGUCGACGGUUGUUGUUUCUUUAAUAUUUUGAAUUGACAGUUUACAGUUUACACUUAACAGAUGUUUACUUGUUUAUUUUAAAGUAUAUCUACUUAAAAUUGUAAUUGAUCUCGUUUCUUUAGUUAUCAUGGGUAUUCCAGGAUUAACAUCGUUUAUAAACCGUAAUUCAACGCAAUAUUUUGAAAAUCUACAACUCAAAGACACCUUGGUUAUAAUAGAUGGUUAUGCUUUAACAAAUUUUCUAUACAGAUUAUAUGAAAAUCAAACAAGUGCUUUUGGAGGUGAUUACGACAUUAUAGCAAAGGUAUAUAUAGAUUUUAUUAACUUGUUUACAAGAUGCAAUGUAAUACCAAUUUUUGUAUUUGAUGGUGCAUACGAACAGCGUAAAAUGGAAACAAUCAUGAGUCGUAUGAGCCAAAGAAUACAAUCUUAUGGCCAACCUAUUAAGACUGCCGAAUGCAUGCCCAUGUUUGGUAGCGAUAUCAUAUUUGAUAUUCUUAAUGACAUGGAUAUACCACAUGUAAAUUGUGAUUUUGAAGCUGAUGCAGAGAUUGUUGCAUUGGCAAAGUUAUUAAAUUGUCCUGUUAUAAGCCGAGACUCUGAUUUUUAUAUAAAUACAGUACCAUAUAUACCAUUGGACAAGAUUAUCAUUGAUUUAAAUUCUAAUGUUAAAGUGAUCAAUUGUCAAGUUUAUAAAGUUGAAAAAUUACUAAGUGAAUUUGGUGGAUUAAAUGUUGACUAUUUGCCUUUAGUGGCUGCAUUAUUAGGUAAUGAUUACAUAAGGCCAGACACAUUUUCUUCACUUUUACGAUUAAACCAAGGCUGUUUCAAUUGUGGAUUAAAACUUAAACGAAUCACAGAAUGGCUUAGAAAACAACGGGAUAUAAAAUCAGCUAUAUUAAAUAUGACACAUAACUUAUCUCGUAACAGUGGCUACAUUGAAAAUCAAAUAAAUAACAUUAUAAAUGACUAUAGAAAUAUAAGUAGCAAAUACUUAUCAUUUAUUCUUCAAUACAAAAAGAUGAGCACAUAUCAAGAUCAGUUAAGACACUUAAAAUCAAACGAAAAAAGUAUACUACCUCCUUGGUUAGAAUACCACUAUCGUAGGGGUACUGUAAAUGCUGAAGUUAUGACAAUUAUAACAUUAAAAAAAAUUUUUUUUAAAGUUGAAAUUGAAGACUAUGAAAAAUCUCCAUAUUAUGAAAUAACCUUCAAAAUUGUAGAAAAAAUAAAUGGAUUAUUAUUUGGAAAAGGUGAUUCAAUUCCCAGUGUAGGAAGAAAAAAUGGACUUAAUAUAGGUCAAUACAAAAUAAAACGAUGUAUAACCAAUCCUUACGUACCAUUAGCUGAUUUAAAUAAGAGUGAAUUAAAUUACCGCAAAAAUAUCAUUUUAAAUUUAGUUGGUAUAAAAAAAAUUGAUGGUGUUCCAAAAGAAUGGGAGUUAUUUGUUUUGAUUUUAAUUUACUGGGGAGUGCAUACCAAUAAUAUAAAAUCCAAACACAUGCAUGCCUUAAUUGUAUGUGCAAUAACAUUUAAUGUUAUUAAAAAAAUUGAAACUGAUCCAAAAAAUGAAAAAACUGAAGAUAUUAAAGACAAAAGUAUUAUAAAAGAAAAUAUCACUCAAGUGAAUAAAGAAGAUUGUAUUAAAGCAAUGAGUGUAUUAUCAAAUUAUUUUCAAAUUGGUCAAUAUAAUAACAAACGUUUGUAUUAUAAAAUUAUUCAUUCAUUUGCACAAUUUCAAAGUUGUGUUUAUUUUUUAAUGAUACUCAAUUCAUUACUAGAUUUUCCAUUUGAUCAGUGUCGAAUUGAAAAUUUUUAUAAAGGAUCAUUUUUAUAUAAUAUAUGUGUACAAAUGGAAAAUUGUGAUCCAGAAAUAUUUGUAUCACAUAAACUGUUUGGAAACUCAGAUUCAUUAAAUAAUGUUUACAAAUCAAUAAUUAACCUUAUAAAUAUAUUAUUGCCGGUUCCAAAAAAAAGAGCAACUGCAACACAAAGUACUAGUAACUGUUCAAAACCAAAAGGUAAAAUAGAGAAAAAAACAAAAUAACCUUGAAAAAUUAUUUUAUAAUUAGAAAUUAAAUAAUAAUGUACUAUGAUUUUAAAUUUUAUAAGACUUAUUUUAUACUUUAUAUUAUUAUACAUUUAAUUUUAUUCAAAUAAGUUUGUUAAAUAUUAAUUAAGCUCUUUAUAACUAGAAAUUAAAUAAUAGUACAUAUGCAAAGAACCUAUAUAUUAUAUUAUGUACUAUGAUUUUAAAUUUUAUAAGACUUAUUUUAUACUUUAUAUUAUUAUUAUUUUAAUUAUAUAUAAAGUUUGUUAAAUAUUAAUUAAGCUCAUACUUGAUUAACAAUAUAAAUAUAGUUGAUUUUAUAUGAUACUCUAUUUUGUAGUUAGUAUAAUAUACCUACAUAAGUUAAUUAGGUAACUUAAUCUCCCUUUUGUUGGUUUAAAAUUCAAAAUAGUUAGAUUACUGAAUAAAACUAAUAAAAGUAGAAGC